CCUUGUGAUUCACAUUUGUUUUAGCUGGAGUCACAUCAGAAGCCAUGCAGACUAUCACCACUGCUCCUGAUGCCUCAGGGCCUGAAGCCAAAGUCCAGGAGGAAGAACAUGACCUUGUUGAUGAUGACAUCACCACUGGUUGCUUAUCAAGUGUCCCACAAAUGAAAAAAAUUUCUACAUCUUAUGAGGAAAGACGAAAGCAAGCUACUGCUAUUGUUUUACUUGGAGUAAUAGGAGCUGAAUUUGGUGCUGAAAUUGAACCUCCUAAGCUAUUGACCAGACCUCGAAGCUCUAGCCAAAUUCCUGAGGGAUUUGGGUUGACUAGUGGUGGAUCCAACUACUCGCUGGCCAGACAUACUUGCAAGGCACUGACGUUUCUUCUGCUCCAGCCUCCAAGCCCCAAACUUCCUCCACACAGCACUAUCCGCAGAACAGCCAUUGAUCUGAUUGGACGAGGGUUCACAGUUUGGGAGCCUUACAUGGAUGUGUCCGCUGUUCUGAUGGGGCUUCUUGAACUUUGUGCCGAUGCCGAGAAACAACUUGCCAACAUCACAAUGGGGCUGCCUCUGAGCCCAGCAGCUGACUCGGCCCGCUCUGCGAGGCAUGCCCUCUCACUCAUUGCCACCGCCAGACCACCCGCCUUCAUCACCACCAUAGCCAAAGAGGUACACAGACAUACGGCUCUUGCAGCAAAUACCCAAUCACAGCAGAAUAUGCACACUACAACUCUCGCACGAGCUAAAGGGGAAAUUCUCAGAGUCAUUGAAAUUCUUAUUGAAAAGAUGCCUACGGAUGUUGUAGAUCUUCUUGUGGAGGUUAUGGACAUCAUUAUGUACUGUCUCGAAGGAUCUUUAGUUAAAAAGAAAGGUCUUCAAGAAUGUUUCCCAGCCAUCUGCAGGUUCUACAUGGUCAGCUACUAUGAGCGGAAUCACAGAAUAGCAGUUGGAGCUCGCCAUGGUUCAGUGGCCCUGUACGACAUCCGGACUGGAAAAUGUCAGACAAUCCAUGGACACAAGGGACCAAUCACUGCAGUGGCUUUUGCUCCUGAUGGACGAUAUCUCGCCACCUACUCAAACACCGACAGCCACAUUUCUUUUUGGCAGAUGAACACGUCACUGCUGGGAAGCAUUGGCAUGCUGAACUCGGCACCUCAGCUGCGCUGCAUUAAAACCUACCAGGUGCCCCCUGUGCAGCCCGCGUCCCCCGGCUCCCACAAUGCCCUCAAGCUGGCCCGGCUCAUCUGGACUUCGAAUCGCAACGUCAUCCUCAUGGCUCAUGACGGGAAGGAGCACCGCUUCAUGGUCUAACGCUGCUGCCUGCCGCUGUGACUGUGUUUUAGUUCUCUCAAUUCUCUAAGCCAAUGUUGCCCUGUCCUUCCUCCUCACACCAGAUUGUUCCCCGGGGCCUGCCCACCCCAGUGCCGUCCAGGGACGUGGCCGGGUCUUGUCACUUGUGCAUGCUUCUCGGGGGCAGACCCCGCUUGGGCCGUCUAUCUAUUCAGAGGCACACACACACACACACUCUGCAGGAUGUGGCCAUCCUGUCGCCAGGUAGUUUUUCCUUACCAGAGAUGGGAGGGGAAAGCCUGCGGUUCCUGGGAACGCUCUUGUUGCCUGGUGCAACAGAAGCACAAAAAUCAAUAAACACUGUGAUUGCACUCCCAGCCCAGAUCAGCAUUUUUAGCCAUCUCAACCCCAUCUCUGAAGUGCUGCUUGAAUCUGGCCGUUCUGACACUGGGUGUUGAGGUCAUGUGGCAGUCUUCGUGGUGGAAAUUAUGGCCCUUUGAAUUUCCUAAAAUAUUGUUUACCAAAAAGAUUCUGUGUUUACAUGUUCUUUUCUUCUGGUGAUUGCUAGGAAAUUACUCAAUCCAGUUUCCUAGGGAUUAGCUACUACCUUCUUUAUCAACAGCUAACCGAUUUGAGAUUCAUGAGAAAAGAUACACACACAAAAAUGUUUUCCUUGCAGAAAAUAGUUUUCCAGACACUCAGCCUUCCAAAGUGCUCAUCUCUUGCUUAAUUGGUAGUGUAUUUAGUAGUUUAAAAUAAAAAUGAUUACUCCUUAUGAUCUAUUUAAUGUAAUUAUCCAGUCACUGUAACCUCUCGAAGGGACUUUGGUGAUAAAGAGCCAAGUUCAGAAGCAUAGCGUGUACCUAAAAUGAAGACUCUCCUAUCUACUGCUACAGAUCCUGUUGAAGAAAGAGCUUACCCCUUUCCCCCAGAAACCUUACAAUCCUUUACUUCCUACUUCCUGUAUGUGUGGUGUGGCAUGUAUAAGUUACGAAAUUAUUAUAACUCGGUCUUCAAACUACUACUGAUCGACUAAAGGAAAGCUAAUAAGGUAAUCCUUUUAAACAAGUAUUCUGGAAAAGUCAUAACUAUGGCACAAAUGUUCAGGAGUGUGAAUAAAAAUGUGUGGGCUCUCAGUUAAUUUGUUUGAGCAAACAUUGCAAUGAGCGUGUUCAUUUUACUUCUAAGUAAGCUUUAACUAGAUCACUUUCUUCUUAUGUCUAAUUGUGCUGGUUGUAGCUCAUAAUGAAAAAAAUUUAUAGAAUAUUUUCUAUGAAUUGCUCCUAACAAACCUUGAUCUGUAUAUAGUGUGGGGGGUUUUUUUGUUGGCUAAUUGUUGAUUUGGUGGUUAGCUGGGCAAAAUCGUUUGUUAUGCAAAAAUACAAAAUUAUUUGUUAAAUUGAGAGAAAAUACGUGAAGUUUACAAAGGAACCAAAAUGAUAAUAGGAGGAUUCAGUCUUAAAAGUUUAGGUUGUCAGAGUUUAUCUAAUAUACAAAAAAGGAGGAUGAAGGUCUAGGAACAAACAUUGGUUAUUUCACCAAAACAGAUUUUUAAAGAACAAAUUAAGAAAUUAAGACCACUAGAACAUCUCCUUCAUAUUGAUAUGAUGUUAUUUCCAUUGAUGGCAAAUCUAUACUCUUCCUUGGUUUUAGAGUUGAGUGUUCUUUCAAACGUGAGUUUAUGCACAUGCAUGUACAUUGUAUUUAUAAAGAUUAUAUAUCUAGUUUCCAAGGGAGAAACAAAGACCUGUACAGCGUAGACUUUGGUGAACGUGCUGUCGUGUCCGGUACAGAUAGAGAAAUGUAAGAGGCUCUCUCUGUCUUCCAGGGGGCCCAGAGUCUUCUCUAGACCCAACAUAUGUUUACUUUAUGAACUUAAAUGAAAAUUAAUUUAUCGUAGACUACAUCUCUAUUUGGAAUGAUGAGGUAAAUGUAUACCCUAGCGUUGUGUUUGUUUGACAAAAUAUUCUAUGCAUCAGUAAAGAGGUGUGGGAGCGGUAGGCAGCACGCCGCAACACACAGAUGGCUCCCACAGCCACGAAGGUUGAAGACAAAGUCAGGAGCCCCAGAGGGACAACAGCCGUGGGCCAGGGGUUGGGCCAGCCUCUCACGUAUUGUGUCUGCUCGGACAGCCAAGGCCAGUGGAAAGCUAUGGCUGCAAAACCCUGGGGUGGAUGCUGUUUGAUGAUUAGGUCAUCUCUAACUGCUAAACUAAUACCCGCAUUCUUGUAAUAUAAAUCUCUUCUUGGCUAUUUUAAUAGCCACAGUCCCAAACUUCAUCCCAGCUUAGAUUUCUCAGCACUGAGGUAAACUCUGCAUUGUCAUCCCAGCAUACACCUUUAAUGUUUUAUUGAUUUCAUUGGCACUGUAUUUGGACCUGUCCUUGUAUAUGUAGAGACAUAUGUGGUUUCAUUGGUAAUUUACAAGCAAAAGAUGACAUGACGUGACACCUGUAUGAAAAUGUAAUGAUUGAACUCCCUGUGUACAGCGAGUGAAUUAAAAUAUCUGCCUCAGUAGACAUUUCUUAAUGAUUCCACUUAAUAGAUGAUAUGUGCGCUGAAUGUUCCUGUGUACAUAUGUGUGUUAAAUAAAACAAUUGUAUUGAAAA